GUUUUCCUGAUGCAUGCGCUUAUAUAUGGACUUCAUCCACCUUCUGAGGCAUUAUGCUGGCGGGAGUCUGUUCCAUGCCCAUUGUAUAAGUCACGGUCAGAUUACAUCGUCACGAGCCUAGAAGAGUACCGCGUCGACGGACAGCAAGGAAUUCUCCUGUCCGCCACAAUGGAAGGAAGAGUUGGCGGACUAGGGACCGUUACAUACACAUUACUGGGGAGGACAUUCGCCAGAAGAUGUCGGUCAGAAUCAGCUGGCCAGGUUAUGCUUUCAAGUCCAAGCAGGUUAUCAUCAGGGAUUCGUCAAAAAAUAAUAAUCCCAUUUUGAUCAGCAAGCUGGCGAGAAUUAUCGGAUUCGAAGUCAAAUGCUACAUCGAUGUACAUCGGGCUAUCGACGGCGUCGACGCUAACUGGCUACUAUACCCUAAGGGUGGCAUUAAGUUCGAGCAUAUCAUUCUCACGAAGAUCAUACGGGUCGCUAAAGGAAGUUUCCAACCGAUUUUAGACGUGGUAAGAUAUUACUGAGGCGACCGGUGUGCAGACACCUCUCGGGAUAGUUUAUUUGCUCAUUCGUGCUGGACAGCGCCACAGAGGGCCGGGAAACAUGAAGCUGUGCAAUUCUUCGCAUACUUGACGUGCAACUUCUGUGUCUGAGUGUUGUGGUCCUCCGUGUCAUUGGCCGGCGGGCUUGCAUCCGAUACAGAAGGUGUUAUGACCAAUAUGACUGGCCUUCUUUUUGUACUCGAGCGCAUUUCGCAUUCGCUUUCUAUGCCUCACGAUUUCUCGAUACUAAUGCAUGUCACUGUACUACUCACUGUAUAUUUUGUGACCGCCAUCGUUGAUAAUCAGUUCCUCCUUUGCUGUACUACACCACAUUGUCCCCGGUGAUGAAGGGGGUUUGUACGGGGUUUCUGAUCAAUAUGCAUCCAAU